AUGGAGUGGUCAAAGAAGCAAUACAACCAGCAGUAUGAGAACUGGAUGCCUUGGGUCGAGGAUAAUAUUCUUUACUACUUCACCAAGGACAACAAGGCCUCAUACGCUACCAAAGACCAGCUCAGCAAGACCAAGAUCACUGGCAACGAACAAGUCGACAACCUCCAGGACGGCGUAAACAACCUCGCAGCCGGUCAAGUCGGACAGGGCGGGCUCCUACAACCCGUCGGCGACAAGGUCUCCAAGGAGGGUAUCAACCGCACAGAGAGAGGAGGCAAGGACGACAGCGGCAGCUACACUGGUGCAAUGGGCGACAGUGCCCAGGCUGGUGCCAGCAAGGUCACCGAGGGCGCAAAGGGUGCAGGCAGCUACGUCGGAAGCUUCUUCGGCGGCAAGAAGCAGUAA